CGUACGAACUGCUUAUCCCGUAGAGAAAAAACAAAACAAAAAAGUGAUGAGUGGAGAGCUAGAGAGAGACUACACAGUGGGCGACGAGAUCGGUAGGGGCAGAUACGGCGUCGUUUCGACCUGUCACUCCUCCCUCACCGGCGACUGCUUCGCCCUCAAGUCCAUCGACAAGCGCCUCAUCCAGGACGACCCCGUCGACAGCCUCUGCCUCCGAAACGAGGCCAAGCUCAUGCACCUCGUCUCCGCCCACCCCAAUGUCGUCGGACUUUUCGAUGUCUACGAGGACGACCACUUCCUGCAUCUUAUUUUCGAGUAUUGCGCCGGCGGCGAUCUUUUCCAGCGGAUCACGGCCCGCCCCGCUCUCGCCGAGUCCGAAGCCCGCCGAUUCCUCUUGCCACUAAUGGAGGCCAUAGCACACUGCCACAACCACGGAAUAGCCCAUCGUGACAUCAAACCCGACAACAUUCUCUUCAACAGCUACAACGAGCUAAAGCUUGCGGAUUUUGGUUCAGCUGAGUGUUUUGGCGGUGGAGGGCUGAUGUCUGGGAUUGUCGGGACCCCCUACUACGUUGCCCCGGAGGUAUUAGCAGGCAGGGACUACAACGAAACGGUGGAUGUGUGGAGUGCAGGUGUCAUAUUGUACAUAAUGCUAGCUGGGAUCCCUCCUUUCUAUGGAGAGUCGGCACAGGAGAUUUUUGAGGCUGUGCUUAGGGCGAAUCUGAGAUUCCCGAGGAAGGUUUUCAGCUCAGUUUCAGCAGAAGCUAAGGAUCUGCUGAGACGAAUGCUUUGUAAGGAUGUGUCUCGAAGGUUCUCAGCUGACCAAGUCUUGAGGCAUCCGUGGAUGACAAAUGGUGGCGACUCCAUAGACGUGGGUCUUCUUGCUUGAGAAUGUUGUUUUUAAUGCAGCCAAGAACCGAGUAAAUGGAUAUGAACCCGUUUUAUAGGCACCGUGUCCAUAAACUUAGCUAGAUAUAUAGUAGAAGAAUGUUCUGCACCGUGGUCUUGUACAAAGUUCGUUCAGAAAUCGGAACUAGUAGCAUCAAAUGGCGAGUGCCUUCCUUUCAAUGGAAGUGUUUGUAUAAGCACUAGCCUUUUGUGUUUCCCUUCUUUGAUUCUCAAUUUAUUAGUAUGUUGAAGAGAAGAGACCCCCAAGAUCACCUGUAAAUUUGGCUGAUGGAAUCAAGUCUUCUUUUUAUAA